AUGGCGGAAGAGCUUGAGUUUCUAUGGCAAAAGUUAAAGGUCACGGAAGAGGAAGAGGAAAGUGUAAACCUUGGGAGUGAAUGUUCAAAGGCUGCAAAUGAGAGGGGAAAAAACUGCUUAGUUAUGAAGGUUUUAUCACGCAGAGGAGUUAUACUGGAUGCUCUAAGGAAAAAUGUUAGGAUGUUAUGGAAGCCAAAUAAGAGCAUUGGUAUUUCGAUGAUUGAAGAGGAGAUGUUUUUAGUGGAGUUUGACGAUGAACGGGACAAGAGGAGAGUCUUGGAGAUGAGUCCGUGGCAUUAUGAGAAGCAACUGGUUCUUCUCCAGGAUUUUGACGGAGACCAAGACCCAAAGGAUAUUGUAUUCAAGUGGUCUCCUUUCUGGGUUCAAAUGUACAAUCUGCCCUUGAAACAUAGGACAAGAGAAACAGGGAUAGCCAUCGAGGCUAGUCUUGGUGAAGUUUUGGAGGUGGAUGUGGCUGACUCCGGGGUUCAGUGGGGAAAGUGCCUUCGAGUUCGUGUCAAGAUAGACGUUUCCCGCAAGCUUAUACGAGGAAGAAAGAUAAACGUAGAUGAGGGGGUGGCUCGGUGGGUGCUCUUCAAAUAUGAGCGCCUUCCAAAUUUUUGCUACCGUUGCGGACUGUUGGAACAUGACCUGAAGGACUGCACUCAGAAAGAAGAGCUAGACAAAACCAGAAAAAUAGGAGAACUUCAGUACGGUGCAUGGAUGAGAGGUGUGCAGGGGAGAAUACCGGAUGACAAUUACCGGUUUUCAAAGGCACAGACGUCGAGGAACGAAACGGUGGGGACUGACAAAAGAAAGUCUGUUGUGCAGAACCUCGGGGAGAAGACCUUGGAUAGCACAACACUGAACUCGGUGGACAGAGAAAGGAGCAGUGAGUCUUAUCAGGAAAAGGGUUUGGUCAACACCAUGGAUGAGACCCAAAGGGAAAGCAUUGCCAUUUUGGUGAAAGAAGGCGUGGAUAGAAAGCAGACAAACAACGGGUUUGAGGGAUGUGGACAGGAAACAGAGGAGACACAACAAACAGGAGUCCCAAAAUUCAAAUUUGAGCCCGCGGAAAAGGUUUAG